AUGAGUAAACAGACGAACAUACUUUUUCCAAUAAGGAAGAAAAGUACUUUUUACGGUAGCAAAGAAAGCCAAAUUAAAGAAGAUUUCACUAAUGCGACUUUGAGAAGUAUUCCUACACAAUAUACACCAAAGGUUAAAAAGAUUGUAACUUUAAGUAGCAGUGAAUCUGAAUCCGAUUCUGAUUCAGAAAAUGUUAAAAUAAAUAAAGUAAAUUCCAAAGAGAAUAUAAGUAACGACGUUGUUACAACUCCAAGACGUGUAAGGAAAUCUGAUGAUUCUGAAGAUGACAAUAGUGCUUCACCACCGAAGCAAAGAAAAUGCGAAAAAUCUGUGGAAGUUCCUUUGACUCCAUCAACUCUCUUAGAUAGACUUGAUUUGUCGUUGGAUGAAAAGAAGGAGAAAUUAAGUCCGAAGAAAUUACUUGGCUUAGAUAAAUAUCGUAAUGCACGUAAAGCCUUGCACAGUUCUGUUUCGGAUAAUUUGCCUGGAAGAGAGAGAGAAUUAGCAAAAUUACAAGAAUUCAUUAGUGAACAUUUGAAGAAUAAAUCUUCUGCAUCGCUUUAUGUUUCUGGACCUCCAGGUACUGGGAAAACAGCAUGUCUUUCUAAAAUAAUACAACAAUCAGAAUUUAAAUCAAAAUUCAAAGUUGUUUAUGUUAAUUGCACUACAAUGAAAUCAGCUGCAACUAUUUAUUCAAAGAUUAUACAAGAGUUAGGUUUAACUGUACCAAAAUCUAGUAAAAUCAGUAAAGCAAUAAUAGAGAAAUAUUUGAUAUCUAAUCACAAGAUGUUACUAUUAAUUCUUGAUGAAAUAGAUCAAUUAGAAAGCAGAAAUCAAUCUGUUUUGUAUUCCAUAUUUGAAUGGCCAUCAAAACGUAAUACAAAACUUCUAUUAAUCGGUAUUGCUAAUGCUUUGGAUUUAACCGAUAGAAUUUUACCACGUUUACAAACGAAAUGCGAGUUAAAGCCACAGCUGCUAAAUUUUCCUCCUUAUACGAAGCAACAAAUAUCUAAUAUUUUAUCUACUAGACUUCAAGAAGCAAAUGUUCCUGAUAUAUUAAUUGGACCAGCAUUACAAUUGUUAGCUGGAAAAGUUGCUGCCAUUUCAGGUGAUAUUAGAAGAGCAUUGGAUAUUAGUAGAAGAGUUAUUGAGCUUGCUGAAUCGCAUCAGACAGCACAAAUUUUACAACCUGUGAAUAAUACGACUAGUCCAAGAAAAGAUCAACCUUUGAGCGAAAAGUCUGUUGAUCUAAAAGAUGUAAUGACAGUACUAAAUGGUGUUUACGGUGGUACACAAAACAUUGAUAAAGAAGAAAGUACGCUUCCCUUACAACAAAAAUUAUUAUUAUGUUCUUUCAUACUUAUUUUAAAUAAGGGAAAAAAUAAAGAUGUUACCAUUAAAAAGUUGCACGAGGUUUAUAAAAAAGUUUGCAAGAAAAGAAAUAUUCAUGCUAUAGAUAUUUCGGAAUUUGUAUGCUUAUGUACGUUGAUAGAAACCAGAGGAAUUUUAAGAAUAAUCAAGAAAAAGGAGGCUCGUUUAUCUAAAUUAAGUUUACAAUGGGAUCAAGAAGAAAUCGGUGCAGCGUUACAAGAUAGAAAUAUGAUGGCUGAAAUAAUCAACGACGUGUCUUGCCUAUAACAAUUUUUCUUUUUUUGUUGUAAAAAUUGUUUGAAUUAGUAAAGUCAUUGAAUUUUGAUAGAGUUGCUAUAUAUAUAAGCGCAAAAUUUUAAUCAUUAGAGUGUUAAACAAUUUUACAAUUUACAAAUUUUAAUAUAAUGCAAAGUCAACGAAUGAUCUUAACACCAAAUUUUAACGGG